CUAUGGCGCAAAGCAAUUUUAAUCACCUAAGACAAUUGAGGAGAGUGUUCUUAAUAUAGGGCAGCAGCGCGUAGGCGUUUCUUUUUCGACGAAACUGAAGGAACUGGAAGCCCACUGGCUGAAAUGUUGCACGCAUGGUGCGCCGAGAGAGGACGAAGCGAUACUUCCUAACCUCAGCCUGGUUGCCUGUUACCUCCUCUUCACCAUUUCUCGCCCUGUUUUGCGAACCCAAAUGGAAUACAGUACACAACAUGAGCUCUCGGAUGAGCAAGACCUAUGUCAAACCCAUGCUGUCUGAAGAGAGGGAAAGGCUCCCUCCUGCGAGUGAGGUCAAGAGAGUGCCACUUGAGAAGCGGUCUUGGAAGGUACUCCUUGCUUGUUCUUGUAGGGGCGUGGCUGGAAAUCGGCGAUCAAACAACACAUAGUCUCGAAUGAGUUCUCUCGUGUAGUGUAGGGCCUCUGAAGUAAGAGGUGGUUGAUGUAUCUGGUAAAGUUG